AUAAAAGAAGCCCUAAAUAAUGUAAUCUCAAGCCCUAAAUGAUUCAAUAUCAUCCAACAAUGUCAAUGUUGUAGAGAGUGUGAGAGACACAAAACCACUCAGCUCACAGCCUAUUAUCGACAGCAUAAUCUUGAUUCUGGAAUUAGGGUUUUGGGAUUUUGAUUUUUGCACAAUAGAGGGGAACCGUCGCCCUCUCCGCGAAUUCCUAGACCUGCUUAAAACUUUUUCACGAUUUGAACAAGGAUAUAAGGUGGAGAAUCUUAGGGUAUUUUCGUUUUUUCCCUCCAAUGAUAAUCUCUUCAGGAUUCUUGUUUCGCUUGGCCAAAAGGAUCAAUAAAACCAAGUAUAUCACCAGAAUGUCAACAAGAAAUCGAGGGCCUCCAAUUCCUCCUAAAGGUGGUCCACAUGGUGGGCUGCCUCAACCUCCCAUCCAUGAACAACCGUUUGCUAGAGGCCUUCGGGGAGUGCCACAUCCUGCAUUACAUGAUGAAAUGAGGGAAGCCCAUUAUAGUUUGUCAGGCCCCCGACCACUUCCUCCACACCCUGUGAUCAUAGAGGAAAGGUUGGCAGCUCAACACGACGAUAUCCAGGCUCUGCUAGUUGAUAACCAAAGGUUGGCUGCAACUCAUGUGGCACUUAGACAGGAAUUGGAAGUUGCUCAGUACGAACUUCAGCGAGCAGACAAGUAUGCACGUACAUUGCAUGCAGAGAAGGAGUCAGAAACAAGGGAACUUUAUGAGAAGUCUGUUAAAAUGGAAAAUGAACUUCAUGCGCUUAAUGCUAUGAGGUCUGAGCUUAUGCAGGUGCAUAUGGAUAUUAAGGAGUUAACUGCUGCUAGGGAAGAUCUUACCGCACAAGUCCAAAUGAUGACUCAAGAUUUGGGUAGAGUUACCUCAGAUUUGCAACAAGUUCCAACAAUUAAGUCUGAAAUUGAAGGUUUGAGACACGAACUGGAGCGAGCUAGGGCUGCUGUUGAGCAUGAGAAGAAGGGCUUCUCUGAAAGCUUUGACCAUGGUAAGGUGAUGGAGAAUAAAUUAAUCACUAUGGCCAGAGAGAUGGAAAAACUUCGAGCCGAAUUGGCUAAUGCAGAAAAAAGAGCUCAUGCUGUUGCUGCUGUUGGGAAUCCAGGGGUGAAUUAUAAUGCUAAUUAUGGCAAUCCUGAAUCAGGGUACCCUGGCAACCCCUAUUCUGUUGGUUAUGGCAUGAUGCCGGCAAACUCAAUGCAUCAGGCUCCUGCUGGUGCGGAGGGUUAUCCUCAGUAUCCACCUGGACCUGGUGCUUGGGGUUCUUAUGAUACACAGCGAGCUCAAGGACCCAGAUAGACAGUUUCGUGCUAGGAUGGAUAUUUUACUUCACUCAGAUCUUGACGAGAGCUUCUGCUAUUAAAGAGUCAGACGUCUUACGUUGCUGGAAUUAGGACCGUCCCCUGUUCAAUAUCCGGUAAGUAGCACUGAAACUGGACAUAGAAACAGCUACUGCAGUAGAGGAUGCCGAUUCUUCCAUGGAUUUCUUAUCCAAGGGUAGAAAAUUAUUUCUAUACACAUGAUGCAAAAUUGUCACUGCAACAAAUAGAUGUGGUUUUACAUUUCUUUAGUAUGGGGCAGCAAAAGCUUUAUACGCUCAUCUUCAUCUAUUGUCUAUGUUAUGUUUCAUCAAAAAUUAAAACAAAAGAUUUAAACCCUUGUAAAUUGAUUUCUUUUGGAAUUUUCACCUUAUUAAAUAUGUCUAGUUCAUACA